AUGCCUUCUGUGCGAUUCAGUGCUGCGGUGGAGAAGGCGCUGGCAGAGGUGUACCCUCCUCGUGACCCGUUCGACGAUCCCAAUUUUGAUCCUGUUGAGUACCUUAACAGCAGAUUCCCUGACGAGGCGAGUCUUGCUGCGCUGCCUGCCUUCCUUGAUGAGACGACGAAUCGGCUAAAGCAAACGGAGAACGAUCUGCUGAGGGCGGUGGAGGCGCAGGCAACCAACGCAGCAAAUGCGGACAAGGACCUCCGCAACGCCAAGACUGCCGUCGUCGCGUUGUAUGAUCGCGUCUCGGACAUCAAGGCAAAGGCGGCGAAGAGUGAGGAUACCGUGCGUGAACUGUGUCAGCACAUUCGUGAGCUUGAUACGGCGAAGACGAACCUAACAACAAGUAUUAACACACUACGCUCAAUGCAGCUAUGGAUGCUGCAGCUUCAAGUCCUAUCCACUUCUUUCGAACGCCGAAAAUUUAUCCAAUGUCGUGAUGCCCUGGUGGAAGCACAGAAAUACGCUGCCAUGUUUGAGCCCAUGAAGAAUCUCCCUAAAGUGAGGGAUAUUAAUGAUAAACAGGCCCAGUUGUGUCGGCAGUUGGAACACUACAUCCGCCACACGAUAUUUGGUGACAUAUCCCUUGACGCCAUCGAUGAGACGCUGAUGGCAGAAGCCUGUGCCGUCGUGGAUCUCCUCAGCAAGGACGCCAUCCGUAAGAUUCGUGAUCAAUUUAUUGAUAAGUUGCUAGAAGUGUACUCUCUGCGCUUUAAGCGUGGGUCGGAAGAUGCAAAACUGGAGCGUACCGAGCGGCGGUAUGUGUAUAUACGCAAUCUUCUUGAGCAGAAGGAAGGCCUUUUUAUAAAUGUAUUUCCGCGUCACUGGUGUGUGCCGCAGGAGCUCUGUGUGACGUUUUGCCUCCGCACCAAGGCGGAGCUGGACUAUCUCCUCCGUGAGGCGGCUGGCGAUAUCGACGUGGUGGUGUUGACAUAUGUGCUACAGAAGACCAUUGACAUUGAGCGUGACCUCACACACAUGAUGGCAUGGAAAGAGGAAUUUCCAGGACGCAGCGAAGUGCCUGACUAUAGGUAUAAUGGCAUGAUUCUCUCGUCUUUUAAGGCGCACAUGGAUCUGUUUGUGCAUAACGAAGACAAGUUGAUGGGCGAUGCGCUCUCGCAGCCCCUAGUGGAAGCGGCACGCAGUGGCGAAGGAAGUAGCAAUAGCGGUGGGGUGCCCGGGUGGAAUAACGAUGCGGAUAUUCGCGUUGGUGCGACACUCCCGGUGGCAGAGGACCUCUUCAUUUUUAUUAAAGAGAGCCUCAAGCGCACCAUUCGCAUCUCCCAGCAGGAUGUGCUGCUGGAGAUGGCUGCAGUAUGGCGCAAGCAUCUUAUCCGUUUUGCGGAGUCCAUGCGGGCGCUGCUGCCCACUCCCGCUGCCACGAAGGAGGAUAUGCGUCGGGCGUGCAUUGUAGUCAACACCGCGGAUUUGUGCCAGUCAACAAGCCAGGACCUUGGUGAAGAGGUGUGCACACGUGGUGAAGCCCCCUCAAAAGAGGUUGGUUUCAACGAAGUCACAGACGCCUUCACGGCUCUCUACAGUAAAGCCAUUCAGUGUGUCGUGCAGGGGACGGAGGCGAACCUGGCGCCAUUCUUAGUGGAGUACGGAAACGGUGCUUUUGUGAAUCGCCGUGGCGAGGAGCAGGACAUUCAUGACGAGUCCACCCUCAUUCGCUCUAUGAGCGCUGUGCUGCACGACAUGGUGGUGGUCUGUGCGGCGGUGCUUCCCUCCUCCAUUCUGCGUUUUCUUCUGGACAAGGUGGCCGCUAACGUGAUUCCCCUUUUUACGGAUUCUCUUUACCACAUGCGCCGUCUGCCACCCGACUUUGCGUUGGGGCUUAUGCGUGUAGAUUCCGCCGCGCUGGAGCGUACCUUCCUGCAGCUUCCGAACUUCAACGACCCAAACCGCUUUGCUCCAUCAUUAUUGACAGGGUAUAUGAAGCUUGUUCGACGUGAAUUUGACCGUCUCAACCGCACCCUGAAGGUGCUGCAGGUGGAUGCGUCAGUAGAUACCCUUCUCGAUGUAUACUACGAGGUGAUGCUGCCUGAUGACCGCUCCAUUCAGAAUUUUGUGCGGCUUGUCGAGCUUAAGGGAAGGCGGCGGGAGGAUGUGCGUAUGGCGAUUGCAAGCCUCUCUAAGCGAGGCGUGGUUGAGGCAACGAAGCGUGACCUGCAGCGGGAGGCCUCUCUUGGUAUUGCCACAGGUACCACCGCGCAGUCAUCCGCAGUAGCAGGUGGGACAAGUGGUGGUAUCAACUUCGCCAACUUCUUUUCGCCCACUACAACUCAGUCUGAACGACAGACCAGUAGUGGUCUCUCGAGUGCUUUCAACAAUCUAGUGGGUCUUGGUGGAAGUAGCGGCAAUGUGCAGACGCUAGCAUCACCGACGGCCACCAAGACGACGAUGACGACAGCGGCAGGAACGUCCAGUACUGCGAAGAAACCAACCGUAGAGGAGGAGAGCCUUGGCUCACGGUUCGCCAAGGUGGCACGCAGCACUGCAACAACUAUGAACUUCCUCAGCAACUUCAAGAAGGACGGUGGCGGCGACGGAAAGGGAACUUGA